AUGUCCAACAACAACACUCCACAGUCAAAUCAACCAACUUUUCAGCCUCCGACUGGCGGUUACUAUGGCCAACCAACAACUCCAUUCAUGUAUCAUCAUCAAGCUGGAGGACAACAUGUUGUACAACAACAACCCUAUGUGAUCUAUCCACAAAUGGUUCAAGGACAAGGUGUACCAACACCCGUCUAUGUUCUCGGAGCAGGUGGACAACCUCAGAUCGUUUCCAUGCAACCAGUUCAAAUGGCUCAGGAGACUUCUUUGGAGGAACGUUUAGCCGCUGAACCAACCGCAACAACAAAUAAUAACAACCAAUCUUGUCCAUUCUCUAGAAUGAGAUCUUGUAGAAGUAGCAAGGUGUGCCAAUUUGUCAAGGCCAAUAAGGAAUUCACCGCUCUAAUUGUUGUAUUCACCAUCAUUGCCAUCAUGACUUUGAUUACAUUGAUUACCCUUCCAGGCGUAGGAGCAUUCUUACUUCCAAAGGUUAUUUUGGCAGCUUUAGCUCUUCUUUCCAUCUACAAGAAGAAAGUGAUGGCUCUCAACUUCUUUAAUGGAGCUUUGCUUGUUGAUUUCUUGUAUUUGUUUAUUGCUUCUAUGGUUCUCACAGCUUCAUAUUAUAGAGAUAGUUAUUAUCGCCACUUUGCUACUACUGUUCCAUGGCAUGCAACUAUUCAUGUUUUGGAGCUUGUGAUGAUUGUUUUGUCCAUCUAUUUGUCAAAAAAGAUUUACAGAGAGACCCACUCCACUCAAGUGCCACCACAAGAGCAAGUGGUUCCAGUUCAUAUUGCCUCCAAUGAACAAUCUGCCUAUGCCCGUCUCCAAGAUGAACAAGAGACCCCACAACAACAACAAAACGAGGAAGCCAUUCAAAGAUACUAUCCAAGCUUGAACAACAAUAAUAACAACCUUUAA